GUAAAAAGUAUAAUUAUACCCCGAGUUUGCCCCUCAUCAGCCAUCCAACCCAUGAAAAUCACUCUGCAUCAUCAUAAAAGCGGUGAAGGAAUGCACUGAAGGAACCCAAAAGGCCCCGAACAUUUUACUUACAGGGCGAACAGGGCGAACAGGGCGAACAGGGUUAUUGAAGCCCACAACACCAUCCGUCAAUUGGGUCAGAGACUCAGAGCUCCACUGGAGAGGGAAUCUUGACCGAACAUUCUCUUCUCUCACUGCUUGUAAGGGAAAAGGUCAAGGAAAGAGAGAACCGUCCUCACCAAGAAAAAGAGGAAAGUCAAUUGUCAAUUGCAAUGCAACCGUUGGCAAGGCUCGUUCCUCGGUUUGCAAUCGACUCAGGUUCAGUCUCCAUAUCGAGAACUUUACGAAUCUCUCCUCGACCGUCUGUCAAAUCGUCAAUCUGUCUACAAUGUAGAAUCGGUCCUCCUAGUCUGCGGCGACAUUUCGCAGAUGACCAAAGACCUAUAAUAGAACCGCCUCCUCAUCUUCGACCCAAGGUUACACCUCCUCCUGAAGAACCUAAACCCCAAGUCGAGGAAAAGCCUACACCUGCUCCAGAGUCCAGCAAACAAGAUGUCUCUCCCUCUCCCAAACCCGAAAAAGAUGGAGAGCUUCCUUCUACCCUCGAAAGCCGACGCCUGGCAGUCACAAAGAAACUAUCCCACCUCAUGGAUCAUAUGCAGGGCAAUAUAUUCAUAGCGUCUCAACGAAUCAACGACCUCACAGGCUACUCCGGCAUUGAAGCCCUCAAGAACAAAAUCACCGAUCUCGAAACCCAAGUUGCCAAUUCCAAAGACCUAGUCCAAAGUACUCGACUACACUACAAAACCACCGUCGCAGAUCGUGCUUCUUCUCAACGUGAGGUUACAACUUUACUAGCAAGGAAAGAUACAUGGACACCUGCCGAUCUCGAGCGUUUCACACAUCUGUACCGCAUGGAUCAUACCAACGAACAAGCAGUUCAAGAAGCAGCUACUCGACUCGCAGAUGCAGAACGCGAAGCUGAGAAAGCAGCCGGGGAACUGAGUAGUAGUAUAUUAUCACGAUAUCACGAGGAACAGAUUUGGAGUGACAAGAUUCGAAGAAUGAGUACAUGGGGAACAUGGGGAUUAAUGGGAGUCAACGUGCUGUUAUUCUUGGUAUUCCAAUUUGGAUUUGAACCAUGGAGAAGGAGAAGAUUGGUUGCGGGAUUCGAAGACAAAGUUAGAGAGGCAUUAGAGAAACAGAAGACCUUUACCAUGUCGACAGCUAUUCGCGGUGCUGAAGUUGGUGGAGGAGAGGGCUCAGAAGUCAGCUUGGACGAGAUUGUCGCAUCCGGUAUCCAAGAAUUGGAAGCAGAAACCGGAGGAAAGGCCCUGGAUGAACCGGCGGUUGAAGCAGUGGCUGCUGUGAUGGAAGGUGAAGUAUCACAUCACGAAUCAAAUAACGAGCCAGCCCCAGAAAUCGGCGAAGCAGCAGCAGCAAUGGAUACUGCAGAAUUAAGCAUACCAUAUUCCAAACCCGCAUUCGAUUAUCGAAACAUAGAAUCGUGGAAAGAAAAAAUGGAAGCCGGGAAAGCUGCGGCAAUAGAUUUAUGGAGUACGCAACAAAUUUCGAUACCAAAAAGAGAUAUCACGAUCAUAGCAUUAGAAAGUGCCGCUGGGGGAGCAGUGCUUGUAGGAGCCAUCUUCACUCUUAUUAUACGUCGUUCAUAGAUUCCGCAUCAGAUGAUCGAGAAGAAAUAUGAGGGAAUUGUACAAAUUAUCGCAUCUUGUUAGAUUUUUUGUACAUUAUCAUAUGCAUUUGUGCUAGCGAUAUAAAGGAUAUAUAGCAUGUUGGCGAAAGAGCCAGUAACUCAAUUUUGAUACCUCUUA